AUGUUUGCUAUGAAAUUUUUAUUAAAUUUUAUUUUCUGCAACUUCAUUUUUUCUGAACCUCAAAUCAACUUUCAUUACACACAUGUAGAAGUUGAAAAUGAAAUUAAUAAUGGAUUACCACAUAAUUGUUUACGUAUUACUUUAAUUGGUAAUGUUGGUAUGAAGCGUGAAUUUAAAAAUUAUUGUAUGAAUAAAUUGUCAUGGAAACUUCAUGUUAAAAACAAUAAUACUUUUCGAAAGUUUACCUUUGGCGAACUAGCUAAACAAAAUAUUACUAGUCAACAAUUAUAUCUUUGGUCAGCACCGAUUGAUCUAGCUGAGCAUUAUCAAUUCUAUUUGAAUCAUUUAUUAACAUCAAAUGAUACAUCUUUGGAAACACAAACUUACUAUAAUUGUACAUUUCCAAGAUUUGGAUCUAUGUGCCAAUAUGAACUUUAUUUGAAUCCUAGAAAUUACUCAUAUAUUGAUGAAGUGGUUCAAGACUUCAUUGCAGAUAAUACAUAUGCUCGAGAGAUCUCGACUUGUUAUAUGCAUUUAUUAUGUAAUCGUGGUCCUAUAUCAGCAUGUUUAGAUUGGAGAGAAAUUUGUGAUGGACAAGUGGAUUGUAUCAAUAGUAAUAUUGACGAAGAAAAUUGUUGGCAACUUGAAAUAAAUGAAUGUAAUGAUAAUGAAUAUCAGUGUACUAACGGACAAUGUAUACCAAUGUCGUUUUUUAAAGAUGAGAGCAGUACUCCAGAUUGUCUUGAUGGUUCUGACGAAUAUGACAGUUAUACGACAGAGUAUUAUGGAAUUUGUCAUUGUCAAGUUUAUAAUCCAGAUUGGUGUGAAGAUGAAGAUUUUCAUAUCUAUAGAACAAGAAUGAAUAUUUCAUUUCAAUAUAUUUGUGAUCGAUAUACCAAUAUGUCUCCAAUAAUCAUUGAAGGUAAAAAUGAAACAGACGAGACAGAAUGUGAACAAUGGUCAUGCAAUAACAUUUAUACUCGUUGUGAUGGUCUUUGGUCUUGUUCGAAUGGUGCCGAUGAAACGGACUGUAAUUCAUAUUCAGCAUUAAAUUGUUCAACAGAUGAACACAUAUGUGUCUCGCCUUAUACAAAUCAACUUAUGUGUAUAUCUAUUGACAAAGCUAAUGAUGGCAAUAUUGAUUGUCUUGGUGCUACUGACGAGCCUAAAUUAUGCCAAAGGAUAGUAGACAUUAAUGUUAUACCACGUUUUUACUGUACUGAUGAUAACAAUUUCUUAUGUCUUUCUACAAACAGAUUGUGUGAUAAGAGAAACGACUGUCCAUUGAACGAUGAUGAACGAUUUUGCUCAACGAAUAGCAUGAAUCUUAUAGAAUCUGAUAGUCCAUGUUUUCAGAGCAAUUUUUCUAUUAUUUCUGAUAUCGAGCGUCUUUUAUGUCACUCAACGCAUCUCAGAUUAAAAGAACCAAUGAAAUAUUUUUCAUUAGAUACAACUAAAAACUCUUUUCCAUGGUCAAUGAAGACUUUGCCAACAGAUACAUUAACAGAAACAAGUGGUUUUGAAAUGUUUGGCAUACACAAUCUGAGAUGUCAUCAUGGUAUUCCUAUGUUUGUUUGGUCGGAAAUAGAAAAAAACAUCAAAUCAAAUGCAUGCCUUUGUCCAUCAGAUUUUUAUGGUGAUAGUUGCGAAUAUCAAAGCCAACAAGUAAACAUCAUCAUUAGAUUUCAAGCAUUAUCCGAUUCUUGGUCAACAUUAUUUGCAAUAAUUAUUUCACUUAUUGACGAUAGUAACGAAAGAAUAAUUCAGUCAUUUGAACAAUUUACAUAUUUAUCAAUGAGAGAUUGUAAAAUUAAAUUUAAUGCUUAUUUACUGUACUUGACUCAACCAAAAAAUAAAACAAAAAAUUAUGCGAUACAUAUUGAUAUCUAUGAAAAGAUUUCAUUGACUUAUCGAGGAAGUUUAUUAUAUCCUAUAAAAUUUCCAUUUUUACCUAUGCAUCGUCUGGCAUAUGUUAUUACUAUCCCAGAAAAGAAUGAACAAUUUCAAAGUUGUUCAAAUCUUCAUUGUAUUCAUGGUAAAUGUAUUAUGUAUUCAAAUAACCCACAAAAUUCUAUGUUUUGUCAAUGCAAUCAAGGAUGGUCUGGACAAAACUGUACAAUACCAUAUAUUUGCACAUGUUCGUCUGAUUCAAUAUGUAUUGGUGUAUCUGCUUAUAAUCGAUCCGUCUGUGUAUGUCCUAUUAAUAAAUUUGGUUAUCGAUGCCUACUUACAGAUAGUAUUUGUGAAACGAAUAAAACUUUAACGUGUCAAAAUAGUGGCCAAUGUAUUUCUGCUGAUGUACAGAUACGAUCAAAGCAAAAAUUUAUAUGCAUAUGCCAGAGAGGUUAUGGUGGUGAUCGAUGUGAACUAAUCAAUAACAAAAUAAUUCUAUCAUUUAGAGAUGAUAUAGUUUUAUCUUCAUCAAUAUUUAUUCAUUUUAUAGAAGUUAUUCAGAAUGAUAUUCCAAAACGAACAACUACUCUUCGAACAAUACCUCCUAUACAAAAAUCAAUUACAAUAUUUUGGUCCAAACCAUUUAAUCUUAUUUUCAUUGAAAUUUACAAUAAAAUUUAUUAUUUAGCUCAUACACAAAACACCUACCAACAAACAGCAAAUAUUAGUAUAAUGAUCAAUCAAUUUGAUCGUUGUCAAAAUAUAAGUGAAUUAUUUAAUGAAAGUUUCGUUCAAAGACAUCUUCUUCGUCGUAUCAAACAUUAUCAUGUACCAUGCCAAAAAAAUUUAAAUCUUUCUUGUUUUUAUGAUGAUAUUCAUCUAUGUUUAUGUUAUAAUCUUCAAAAACAACGUUUAGCUAAUUGUUUUGAAUUUAAUCAUAAUAUGACUUAUAAUUGUUUAGAUCAAAAUUCUUGUAAAGGUGAAAGCCAAUGUUUUCAAGACGAUGAUAUAUGUCCAACAAGAUCAGUAUGUAUAUGUUCACCAUGUUUUUAUGGAACACAAUGUCAAUUUAGUGUAAAUGGAUUUGGUCUAUCACUUGAUGGUAUUUUAGGUUAUCAUAUUCAACCACAUAUUGAUCUUCUUAAUCAACCAAGUAUUAUACUAUUUAGUUUAUCAGUAGUAAUAAUCAGCAUAGUUGUAGGACUUAUCAAUGGAAUUUUGUCAUUGAUAACAUUUCAAAAUAAACAAGUAUGCGAAGUUGGUUGUGGUUUCUAUUUAAUAGGUUCAUCAAUUACAACUUUACUAACAACAAUUAUAUUUGCAUUAAAAUUUUGGAUACUUGUUCUUGCUCAAAUGACAGUUAUAUCCAAUAGAGUAUUUUUAAAAAUUCAAUGUGUGUCUUUUGAUUUUCUUUUACGAGUUUGUCUUAAUAUGGAUCAAUGGUUAAAUGCAUGUAUAGCUAUAGAAAGAACUAUUACUGUAUUAAAAGGUAUUAAUUUUAAUAAGAAAAAAAGUAAAACCAAUGCUAAAAUAGUUAUCAUCAUUCUUUCAAUUUCCAUUGUUUCUACAAAUAUUUAUGAUUUGUUUCAUCGACAUUUAAUUGAUGAAGAAAAUGAAGAUGAUAAACGAACUUGGUGUAUUGCGACUUAUCCAUCUCGUUUACAAACAUACAAUUCUUUUAUCAAUACAUUUCAUUUUUUCGCUCCAUUUAUAAUUAAUAUAGUGUCGGCUAUUAUCCUGAUAGUAAAAAAAACUCGUAAAAAAGCAAAUGCUCAAAAUAAUGCAAAUUAUAAAAAACUUUUAAAAGCACAAGCUCGAGAACACAAAAAUCUAUUUAUUGCCCCUAUUAUAUUGGUUAUUCUUGCGUUACCACGUGUAAUUAUUUCAUAUGUGUCAAGAUGUAUGAAAUCAGCAGAUGACUCAUGGUUAUUUCUUAUAGGAUAUUUUAUUUCAUUCAUUCCACCAAUGCUUACAUUUGUUGUAUUCGUAUUACCAUCAAAAUUUUAUAAAGAACAACUUCGACAAACUCUCAUCGCUUACCAAGCUAGGAUACAACGACAUUUUUAA